AUGUCCCUGCCCGUGGUGCUCCCGGGCUCCUGCUGCCCCGUGGCCGGGCUUUCAGGCGGACCACAGGCCGGGGGUCCUGGCGCCGCCGCCGCCGCCGCCCAGGAGCCGCCGCUGCCCCCGCUGCGGCCGCGCUGGCCUCGGGCCGCGCUGCAGCCCCCGGCGCGGCCUCGCUGCACGGCCACCUCCGGGGUGCUGGCCGCGCCGCCCGCGCUCUCCUCUCGCCGGGCCGCCGCCGCCGCCGCGGCCCCGGGCUCCGCGCUGCUGCCCGCCCGCCCACUGCUGUCGCUUGGGCUUCUGCAGCUGAUCCUGGGCUGCUGCAUGGUGGCACUCAGCUUCGGGGCGCUGUCGCUGAGCAGCUCCCCGCAGGUGAAGAACUCGUGCCCUUUCUGGGCGGGCUCCUCGGUGAUACUCUCUGGAAUCAUAGGAUUAACAACAUGGAAAAGACCUAUGAUACUCCUGGUCAACCUCUUUGUGCUGCUGUCUGUGGUCUGUGUCCUCCUAAAUCUAGCCGGAUUUAUCCUGGGCUGCCAAGGGGCCCAGUUUGUGGCCAGCGUGCCCAGGUGUGAUCUGGUGGAUUUGGGCGAAGGCAAGAUUUGCUUCUGUUGUGAAGAAUUCCAACCAGCCAAAUGCACAGACAAAGAAAAUGCCUUGAAACUCUUCCCAGUUCAGCCUUGUAGUGCUGUUCACCUUCUACUUAAGAAAGUCCUCUUCGCCCUGUGUGCCUUGAAUGCCCUGACCACCACUGUCUGCUUGGUGGCAGCUGCCCUCCGCUACCUCCAGAUAUUUGCAACCAGAAGAUCCUGCAUCGAUGAAUCUCAGAUAUCUGCUGAGGAAGUGGAAGAACAUGGACGUAUCCCAGACCCUGAUGACUUCGUGCCGCCAGUGCCUCCCCCUUCCUAUUUUGCCACGUUUUACUCAUGCACACCCCGGAUGAGCCGCAGGGUGGUUGGUCCUGAUGUUAUUCCCCUCCCGCAUAUCUACGGAGCACGGAUCAAAGGCGUAGAAGUGUUCUGCCCUCUGGACCCCCCGCCUCCAUAUGAAGCUGUCGUGAGCCAGAUGGACCAGGAGCAGGGAUCUUCAUGCCAAAUGCCAGAAGGAUCAGAAGCUGCUGCGAGCCCGUCGGAACCAGUCUGCACACAAGUGACUCAAGGUGGGGACAUUCCUAAUACACCUGGAGAAGAAAGCCCGUCCGUGUCAACCCCCAACUCAAGCCUGGUGCAUCCAGCAAGAAGCCGGAGACCCUUCCAGCCCCUUAGGACAAGAUCAAAGAGCGACCCUGUCCUCCAUCAUUCCGCAGAGACAGCCGCCCCCGUGCUUAGCUGUGAAGCCGCGACACAGACGGAAGGAAGACUGGAUCUGGCUGCGGUGACUCUGAGAAGAGGCUUGAGAUCGAGAGCUUUGCGAUCCAGACCGCGGUCUUUAAUAGAUUACAAAUCCUACAUAGACACCAAGCUGCUGGUGGCAAGGUUCCUGGAGCAGUCUUCCUGCAGUAUGACCCCAGACAUCCAUGAACUGGUAGAAAACAUUAAGUCUGUUUUGAAGUCCGACGAGGAGCACAUGGAAGAAGCCAUCACAAGUGCCAGUUUCCUAGAAGAGAUAAUGGCCCCACUGCAGCCCAGCACUGCCAGGGUCCACGCGCUGCCCUCGAGGAGACAGCCUGGCCUGCUGCACCUGCAGAGCUGCGGAGACCUGAGCACCUUUGCCCCAGCAGGGAGGCCAAGAGUUGAGAGGAGGCCCCGGCGAGCAGAGGCUGAACGGCCCCACAGCCUCAUUGGUGUUAUCCGAGAGACCGUCCUGUGAACCUGCAGGGCCAGGUUCCCCAUCCAACUGUGGAACACAAAAGGAGGAAGAAAGAUAGGCCCUAGAAGGGAAAGCCACUCCAAGGGGGAAGGAUCCCCUUCACAUGUUCCUCACUACACAUCUUCAUGGCUGAGAGUUGGGGGCCUUUUGAAAACUCCUCAGAAAA